GGCUUGAGGCUUAGAAAAUCGGAAGUAUCGAAGAUGUGACAGAUUCCUCAGCAUGCCGAAGGAUUGCCUGGCGCUAGUGUUCCGCAGGGCCGGAGCCUGGAGCCCGUCCAACAAGAAGAGGACGCGGCUCGGAUUUUGUUGGCGAUGGUGGCGAAGCGGACAUGCGACGCCUACAGGACACCGCGACAAGGCCAUGCUGCCAUCUGGUGGCUCGUCGUCCCUCAAAGUACAGAACUUCAGAUACGGCCGUCUGAACGUGCUACGCUGGUUGCUGUGGGAGGCGGAGAUGCCCGCUCUUGAGCGGAGCAGCAAUGGCGCCCUCGCGCUCCACUACGCCGCCGCCAGAGGGUGUCUCGACUGCGUCAAGCUGCUAGUUGAGUCGUCUACCGAGCUCAGUGCGAACACGCAGAUGGACAACGAUGUGACGCCAGUGUACUUGGCCGCGCAGGAGGGUCACCUGGAGGUACUCAAGUUCCUGGUCACUGAGGCUGGCGGCUCACUGUAUGUGCGCGCCAAGGACGGAAUGGCACCGGUUCACGCCGCGUCGCAGAUGGGCUGCCUCAGUUGCCUCAAAUGGAUGGUCCAGGAGCAGGGCGUGGACCCUAACCUGCGCGACGGGGACGGCGCGACGCCUCUCCACUUCGCUGCGAGCCGUGGCCACGCGGAGACGGUGCGCUGGUUGCUGCGUCACGGCGCCCGCCUCGUGCUGGACAAGUUCGGGAAGAGCCCGAUCAACGACGCAGCCGAGAACCAGCAGAUGGAGUGUCUUAAUAUCCUCGUUCAACACGGCGCGACUCCCGACUACCCCGAGGCCAGGCACAAGCCGACCGGGUGCAGUUGCUGCAAAGGCGAGUCGCAGGGAAAGUGCACGGAGCCGUUCUUCCUGCAUCCCCCGCCCACCCAGCACCAGCAACCGGACGGUUUGUACGUCAACCCGGCGCACGGCUCCACCAGCGACCCCUUCUACUUGCACAACCCGCGCGACGUCGUCUACAACCGCGUGAAAGACCUGUUUGAGUCACCAAACGGGUCCCAACCUCCGGCCCCCACGCUCUCCGGACUCAAAGUGAAGGUUGAGCUUCACAGCAGCAGUUCUGGCGCUGGAUCCGACGAAAACCUCAGUUCGUCAGACCUCAGCGAACACAGCGCCGACCCCGAAAACGACUAUGAAGAGAUAUACCAAUCGCGCGAGGAGAAGACCACGGCAAGCGGAGUACGCAGGCGCAGUAGAGACUCCGGCAGUCACAGCCGGAGCAGCAGUUCCAGCAAUAUUCACGUUGUUGUAACGGCGCCACCAGCGGCUAUGAAUGACGCGCCUGCCCAAGAGGAACCCUCUAUGACAGCUUCCACAGAUCUCGAACCGAUGUUGAUGCUUGACAGCAUUAUCAGGAGUUACGAAGAAGAGCAAGAGUCCGGCGUGUCGAGUGGGUCUCCCUCAGACCUCGGCCACUCCGAGGAGGAAUGUGAGAAGACCAGAGUGUCUCACCGCCACUCUCUGCCGCACCUACAGCACAGCGCUGGCAGCAACAGAGCCCUGAAGCGGGUCGUGUCGGAGCCCGGGCCGAUGUGCCCGCCCCCGCCGCCUCCACCACCUCCAGCGGAGGAGGGCCUUUCUUCUCCUUCCAGAAGCCCGAGUCCGCCAGAACCGGAAGUGGUGGAGGAACCGACAGUGAAGCCUUCCGAAGUGGUGCAGCGUGAAGAAACAGUGGCGGACCAGCCGUUCCUGUUGCAGAAGGAGGACCUGAUUGCAGAACUAAAGAUGUCGAAGGACAUCACAGGCAUCAAGAAGCUGAAGGUGGAGCGCGCCAAAGUGGAGGAGCAGCAGGAGAAAGAGUUGUUCAGUGAAAUCACUAGGCAGCUCACAGCCAACAGCUUCGUUGAGAAGAUUCCAGAGAAGGAUGCCACAGGUAACCCAAUUCCAGCCUGGAAGAGGCAGAUGAUGGCUAAGAAGGCAGCAGAGCGAGCCCGCAAGGAGCUGGAGGAGCAGAUGUUGAAGGAGGCUGAGGAGAAGCGCCUGCAAGCUAUCCCCCCCUGGAAGCGACAACUUCUAGCCAAGAAGGAGGAGCAUGAUGGCAAGAAGACAAAUCUGUAUACUCCUCGGGUCAUGGAUGACAAGAAGACGAAACCCUCAAAACCCGAGGAAGUUCUGAGACAGCAACUGCCGUCUAACAGCGAGGUGACUCCCGCAGUCGAGGAUGGCAACAAGGAGAAUAAGACGCCAGAACAGCAGGAGGUGACCUCCUUGGAGAACAAUGACGAACCAGAACAGAUUAUCCCAUGGCGCGCACAGCUGAGAAAGACAAACAGCAAGCUCAGUCUGCUGGAGUAACACGUGCUCCUUGUGACUCACUGUACUCCAUACUAUGUGCAAUAUGAUCUUGUCAGAUGUGGUGCAUUCUAUCGAGUUUUGCACGUACGCACAUCCGCUCAUACCGUCUAAUAACUGUACAUAUAUAACAGAAUGACACUCAUCCCUGGGAAGCACCACAUGGCGAGGAGUGAUCUUCAGGACGGUGGAAAAGUUUUUGUGGUACUGAACACUGUAUUUAAUGUAUAUUAAGAGGGGCAAAGGAUGGGAAUGAGAAUUUUGAAAAUGUAGCAUUCACAUGCAAUACAUAUCAGCCACAUUUUAUAUUAUUAUUAAUAUUAUUGCUAUUGUGGUGUGUACAAUGAACGGUUUCUGAAAGGAAUGUCUUGUAUUAUAUAAACGUACACAAAAGAACAUAUUUGUAAGUUGAAUAUUUUCAGAAAAAUUAUAAAUACAUUUAUUGAAUUUCUACUGUUCACAAGUUUAAAAAAUAUUGAAUAUCAUGUCACGCUUCAUUCUAUUAGAUUAGUAAAGAAUUAAUUUCAUAUUAUUUGUUGGAUAUAAUCUGUUUUAUAUAUGUCAAAUUUGGUGGAAAUAAAUAUCCAAAUUUCUGUUACAAGAACAUCCAGAUAUUUCCAUAAAGUGGCAGAGAAACCCUAGGCAUCUUCUGCAGCCCAGAAGUUGGUAAUACAGUGUUUUCAUUAUGUUAACAUAAUUUUCAGCAGUUACAGACAUGUUUCAUGACAACUGUGGUUGUCUUCUGGUUUCAGGGAUUUUGGUGCUCAUUGUAGUUUUCAAAGAUUAAGAGACUGUGAGUGAUAUGUUUGUUAUCCACAUCAGAUCAGUCUUCUCAUCUGUCUGUCCAUUUAUGUGAAGCAAUGUAGCUCCCAACUUAUCAAAAAAUUUGUAACUGAAAUGUUUUAAUAAAAUUUGUAACAUGCUUGGAAAA